AAAAAAACCCUUCAUUGCUAUUAUCCUUUGAUUACUGGGCUACCACACCACUGACUUUUUCAUAAUUUUUUCUUGGGAAAACAAGUAAUUUUAUAGAUACUUAAAUUACCUCUCUCUCUUUUGGAAGUCUUUGAGAGAAAAUCCAUUAAGGAAUUAUCACUAUUUUGGCUAGGGACACCGGUGAUAAUGUUGUUAUUAAAACUUACCUGCUGCUUAUGGUUUCCUUAUCAUAGAUUGUCUAAAAUAUACUUUCACUAAGUGUUAAGGCUUCUCUCUAUAAUUUUCUUGGGUAGUAGAUGACUUAGGCAUUAUUCGUUUAUGGUAAGCAGUUUCUAGGAUUUAACUAUGCGUUGGUUGUAAAUUAUUAAGGGGUGCAAGUGUAUGUUUGCAGAUUUCAAUUUCUUCUUCAUUGUUUUUGUUUUUACUAUAAGCUACCAAGUUUUCUAGGGAGAGUGCUUUGGGGAAGACACAAAAUUUAAUGCUCUCUGAUCUACUUCAUGAAAAUGUCUAGUAAAGUACUACCCAUCGAAGAUAUCUAAAACACUGCAUUUUGUUAUAUGACCAAGCCUCUAUUCUUUUGAGCCCACAUGUGGAUGUGAGUCAUGUUCUUAUUUUAUAUUCUUGAAUUAUACCUUAUAAUUACAAGAAUUAAAACAAGAAUGAAAAGCAUCCUUGAUUAUAACUUAUUUGAAAGGUAUUUUAAAAGCCCACAAAAAUACUUACUUGAAGAAGAAAUAAGAUGUGUUAAAAAUUAGCGUAUUUAGAAUCCAGUUUGAAAAUCUGAAAUGUAUUUAUAAAUUAGGCCUCGGAUAAUACUUCUUAAAUUGAGGCAUCGGGGUUGCUGAGAAUAUUCUAAAAUAGUCUUUAUGUUGACAUCACUUCGGCUUCUGGGUUUAAUUUAUUUUCAUGAUGAAAAUCAUGAUUGAUUUACUAGUAAGCUCACAGAAGUUAGCUUAAAGAAGUACACUAUAUGGUUGCCUGCAAUUUUUCUCUGUCUUGAAAAAAAAGAAGGUAGGACUUCUCAUCUCAUUUUUUAGAAAUACAACCAAACUGAGUUAUUAAAGUUAAGCAACCCCUCUGAAGGGAUUUAGAGUCCAAAUUGAAUCUUAUCAAGGUUUUAAUCUACAUGAGCGCCUAUGUCAGUUGUUGAUUUGGUAAUUUUGCAAUUCUUCAUACUGGUGUUUAAGAAUCCUUUCUUACUGUAUGUACUUAGGAAAAAUGCACAAUGACUUUUCAAUUGCUGGAGGAUCAACUAAAUAGUUGCAUUAUGUAACUCAAAUUUUUCACUUUUGAUAAUUUACUUGAUAAUAACUUUAAAAAAACUCCAUCUACUAAUUUUUAAAAAGUGGUACUGUUAAACUCUGAGAUGUCAAUCAACCUGAUGGUUUGAUAUUAAAAAUGUCUCGAAAUCAUAGUUGAAUAUUAAUUUUUUUCUUGCAAAAUAAUGAAAGAGGGAUUUUCCUUAGCUUCCUCUUAGCUUUGACAAUAUUACCAGUAUAUCUGUGACUCUGGACUCACUGUCAAUAGGUACAUUAAGUGACUGGUUAUUUGACCUGGCUGCCAGGGUGUAAUACUAUGCAUGUAAACAGUAUCAUUUACAACAUGGUUCAGCAACUGCCAACUGAUAUGCUCUAAAAAUGUCUUACGUAUUUAAACAGAGUUUAUAAAGUUGGAUAAUUUCCCCAUGAAAAUAGUUACAUAUUUACAUGACUACCCAAGUGAGUUUUUCUAUUAUCUACUGAAUUCUGUUUAGCAGUGAUAUUGACACUUGAAAUAUAUUUAAAUUUUGCCAAAAUUUGGAGUUUUAAAGCAAUGACAUUUCAGUUUCAAUUAUUUUCUGAUUGCAAAACAAUUAAUACUAGAUGCAGCUUUGAUUUGUUUUUAUAAAACAUCUCAAAGGGUAUCUUUCUGAACUCCAAAUUAGUCGCCACCAUUUCUGUCUUACUUAUUUUGAUCCUUCUUUCUUUUGACUCCUCCUCCUGUGUUUUGCGAAAGUUUGACAGAGUGUUAAAAUCCGCUCACUCGUUCAUGUAUUUUCUGGCUUUCUUUGUUCGUUGUGUGUCUAACAGAGGUCUGAAGCAUGGUAUGUUUUAUGUAUAUUUUAUGGAAGUAUUAUAGAAACCUGCCUUCACGCAUUUGUUUUGAUUGGUAGUUUUAUUUUCUGUUUGUAGGUUAUCAAAGUAUAACUGAGCAAGGGAUACUUUAUCCUGGACUAAAUGUGGUUAUUCAGCUCGAAGUGCACAUUGUGACCCUUGAAGGGUACAAUAGAUAUCAAAAAAUGUUUGCCCUUCUUAUUGAGUUGAAGUUCACAUUUAAAGGUAUUCUUAUAUUAGGUUUUUGAAUAGGAGUGACUGAUACUCAGGAUUGUAGGGCAAUAGUUGAUUCAAUAGGGAAUAAUUUGUUUGUAAAUUUCUAUUUUGAUCUCAAGUAUGAUGGAGAGAUUUCAGUUUUAAUUCUCAGUUUUGUACCCAUUUCUCCAUCCAUCAUCUUUGAGAUAUGGAUUCUACACUUUAGAAUCAAGUAGAUAGAAAUUUUAAUGGGUAUGAAAUAUCUGAAUUUACCCUCGUGUCCAGGGAUUUGAAUAUAUGAAAGCAUGGUGUAGUUAGCAGGAAAAGCACUGACGGCUGGAAGCCCCAUAAACCCGCUAUUUGUUUCUUUUUCUUGGUGAAACUAGGACUGUGGUUAGAACUGCGGGCUCUGUUGUAAGACUGCCUGGGUUUGAGUCCCAGCUCCACUUUCUAGCUUCGAGAAUGUAAGUGACCCAGUCAAAUGCAGAGUUACUUAGCCUUGCUUUCAGCCACAGUUUCCUCAUUAUAUGAAAUGGGAAUACACAGAGUAUCUGUUCCGCGGGGUUGUGCAGAUUGAGAUAAUCAAAUACGGUGCUUGGCAUGCGGUAGACACUCGAUAGAUACUAGCUCAUAGAAUUGUAAUAAUCAAACUUUAAUAGUCAUUUUAUAUUUAUUUCCUCGUCUAUUUAGUUUAUUUUUUAUAAUUGUUAUAAAAAUCAAAUGAUACGUCAAAGGGCCUCAAGCAGCCCUGAGUACCCAUACAAUGGUAUAUAAUAUUUGGUAGUCGAGUUGGGUGAAAAUAUUUGUCACCAUGUGGUUGGAAAAAUACAAAAAGAACCAGUUUUAAUACCCAAGUCAUGGCACCUAUAACUUUCUGUUGAGUGUUUAACUCAAAAUUUCAGUGUUUUAAAUAAAGUUUGUUUUCCAUCAUUUCUGUACCAACAUUCUAGUUACUGGUCACUUGAAUGUAAGUGGACUUCCCUGGAAAGCUAUUUGCUUUCUGGUUUCUAAUGUAUUGGGAAGACAUAUUGGCAAAGCGAAUAGGUCAUUUACCUAAAGGCAUUUUGUUUUUUCGUUCAGCAUAAUAGUAAAUGUGGCUUACUCGAUUAAACUUGUAAUUGAGUUGUAAUCUCCAGAAUUUAUCCAAGUUUUAACAACUGGUUAGCUGGUUAACCAGCCAGAGUAAAGCUUUUCAGUACUGGAUGGUGACAGGAGUAAUGAGAGGAUUUUGCUGGGAGAAAAUUUUAAUUGUAGAGAAAAUUCAGCAAUCUUAGCAUGACAAAUGAGAGCUCAAAAGAGAACAGUGGUAAAGUUUCUAGCUAUUUGAAAAUUUUUUUUUCUUCCUUCCCUUAAUACUGUAUUAGCCUGUUUUUCUUAAUUUAUGCAAGAAUGACUCCAAUUUUUCCUAUUAUUUUGUAUAUUGACAUUUAAUCAGUAAAAAUAAACAGAAUUUUUUCCCCUAAUAUCUCAAACUGGAAACCUAAACAUAAACUAAUAUUGCCCAUGAAGGUAUUAAACAUUUUCAUAAUACUGUCUGAAUAUUUCGAGUAGGAAAAACCUGCCUUUGCGUUUGUUGGAAACACAACAUUAUAGUGUUUUAAGGUAAUUAAAAAAAUGAAUGUCCUUCAAAGGAUCAAACAGUAUUCACAUGUCCUUGCCUUACCAUUGUGGGAUACUGUGAUAAAACUAUGUAACACAGCCUCGUAAAUUUGAUUUUUCUUUGUUUUUCUAACUUUUGUUUGUUUGUUUGUUUUAUUUUUUACUCAGAUGUUCUUUCUUUGUAACCUGGCAUCUUGGGCCUUAAUCAUUUGAAUGUAGUCUUCACAGUCUGUUAUGAUAAUAUCAUUAUGUUGUUAACGACUCUAUUUCUUUCUCUUUUAUUUUGCCAUUUUUCACCAUUCAAUGGACAUAAUCCUUAGCGUUGGUCAAAUCGGAAACGGUUAAGUGCCAGCAAGUCCUGUUUGAUACGCAACCUUCGGCUCUCAGAGUCCUUGAGAAAGAACCAACUGUGGAACGGGAUUAUAAGUAUAACUUUGUUGGAAGGGAAGAAUGUCUCAGGAGGAAGCAUGACAGAAAUGUUUGUUCAGUUAAAACUGGGAGAUCAGAGGUAUAAAAGUAAGGAUGGGCAUUUUGGACAUUGAAGUGUGGGAAAAGGACAGCAAAAAGCACGAGGAGCGUCUGGGCACGUGUAAAGUGGAUAUCGCGGCACUCCCUGUCAAGCAAGCCAACUGCCUGGAGUUGCCACUGGAAAGCUGCCUGGGGACGAUCCUGAUGCUGGUCACACUCACGCCCUGUACAGGGGUCUCCGUCUCUGAUCUAUGCGUCUGCCCCUUGGCGGACCCCAGCGAGAGAAAGCAGAUUGCCCAGAGAUAUUGCUUACAGAACUCCCUGAAAGAUAUGAAAGACAUCGGCCUUUUACAAGUGAAAGUUUUAAAAGCAGUAGAUCUCUUAGCAGCAGAUUUCUCAGGGAAGAGCGAUCCCUUUUGCUUGUUGGAGCUAGGCAAUGAUCGACUUCAGACACAUACCGUUUACAAGAACCUCAACCCUGAGUGGAACAAAGUUUUUACAUUUCCCAUUAAAGAUAUCCAUGAUGUUUUGGAAGUGACAGUGUUUGAUGAAGAUGGAGAUAAACCCCCUGAUUUUCUUGGAAAAGUUGCCAUCCCCUUGCUGUCUAUUAGAGAUGGACAAACAAAUUGUUAUGUAUUGAAGAAUAAAGAUUUAGAACAAGCUUUUAAAGGAGUUAUUUACUUGGAGAUGGACCUCAUAUAUAAUCCGGUCAAAGCAAGUAUUAGGACUUUUACUCCCAGAGAAAAGCGCUUUGUUGAAGACAACCGCAAGCUGUCCAAAAAGAUUUUAUCAAGAGACGUAGACCGUGUGAAAAAAAUCACCAUGGCAAUAUGGAAUACAACACAGCUCCUUAAAAGCUGCUUCCAGUGGGAAUCCACAUUGAAAAGUUCAAUAGCAUUCAUGGUAUUUCUGGUCACUGUCUGGAAUUUUGAACUGUACAUGAUCCCCCUGGCAUUGUUGCUGCUCUUUAUUUACAAUUUCAUCAGCCCAGUGAAAGGGAAGGUCAGCAGCAUACAGGACAGCCAGGAGAGCACAUACAUAGACGAGGAGGAGGAUGAAGAGGAUAAGAGAGAGAAGAUCAUCUAUAGUAUCUCAACCAGGGAAGAUUGUUGUCCUGGGAGGAAAUCUUCUUACAGUCUAAUAGAAUCCGAGAAAAAGGGGCUAAUUGAAAGAAUAUACAUGGUACAGGAUAUUGUUUCAACUGUUCAAAACAUCUUGGAGGAAAUCGCUUCUUUUGGAGAAAGAAUUAAAAACACGUUCAACUGGACGGUUCCAUUCCUUUCAUUCCUGGCCUGUUUGAUCCUGGUGAUAGCCACCAUCACUUUGUAUUUCAUCCCACUGCGGUACAUUAUUUUAAUCUGGGGCAUAAAUAAAUUUACUAAGAAGCUUCGAAAUCCCUAUACCAUUGAUAAUAAUGAGCUUCUAGACUUUCUCUCCAGGGUACCAUCUGAUGUUCAAAAGGUGCAGUAUGCAGAAUUGAAACCCUGCAGCAACCAGAGCCCCCUUCGCAAGAAGCGCAGCAUUCCCUAGGACGCAAACCGACUUUGGGAAGCAGCCCCUGAUUUUGUGUUUGGUUGAUUAGACCAAUAUUAUCACUCUUUCGGUGGUACCCGUGUGUCAUUCUGAAAUGCGUGCUGUGUGGAGCGCUCUCUGUAUUCUCCCCCCUUUUCCACGUGCACAGAUGCACACAGGUGUGCACACAUGCAUGAGUACACAUCUGCAUGUGCACACACGCUCAAGUGCACACAUCUGCAUGCAUGGAUGCCUUAGUUAUAUGGAGGGUUGGCCCAGCCAAAGGAGACAGUCUGGAGACCGUGGAAGACUAACAUCCAGUCUCCAAUACGAAGCUCAGGCAAGGUUGCCAUGGGUCUGAGCACAGCCAGGAGACCACUUGGAUUCCGCAGUGACUUUGCACUUGUUUUCACACCUCCAACAGAUUCUCGUUAAGAUUCAGUUAGUUCCACUCCCCACCCCCACACUUCUUUCAGAUUAUUGUUGGCGUUAAUCAGAAUUUUUCUCUUGGUUAACAAUUUGUGGAUCCCUGUCAUCUGUUCAAAUGAUGUAUAUUUUAGAAAUUUUUUUUAUACUUACCAGAAUUAGCCCACAUCAUUAGAAAUAUUUCAGCCGAGCUCACUGAGGACGUGUAUGUGAAAUUCAGUAAAGCUCUCAGUCUGGGUGCAGACUGCCCUGUGGGUCCCUUGAUGGCAAUGGACCCCCAGGAAAGCCCAAUGGGAUUGCUCAUCUGGAGAGGGAGAGGGUCAUUUUACCUUGUAACUACUUUGCUUCUGACUUUACUUUUGGCUUACUUCCAAAAUAAAUGCCAGAAUCAUAACUUGAGAGAUAGAGAGGAAAAAGCAUGAACGGAUUCUGAAAGUGUUUAGAAAGAUAACAGCUAAAAAUCAACAAACUGGUAAACAGGACAGCUUACCUGCUCAUCAUAAUCACUUCUUUUAACCAAAUGUUGGGGCCAGAAAGUAAAAAUACUUAGCUUGUCUAGAUUUAUCUUUGAUUAAGUUUUGCUCUUAUGGGCAAUGGAAACUAUACAUAAUAAAAAUGUGUCUCAGAACCCCAGUCCUAGAAACUUAUUCCCAAAAGCCCCCUGCCUUGAUCUUAUCUGACUUCUGCAGACCCUACUGUUUCUCAGAAGCCCCCUCCAGUAAAGAUCCUGAUUUCGUCCAUGUAUAAAAUAUAUGCACAUAGCCUUCUCUUCAGAUGCUAUUUAAGUUGGAAAGACUGCAUUUCAUUGACACAUACUUCGUAUGUGCAGUUUUGUAUAUAUGUACAGUCAAAGAAAAGUUGAGGGAAAAGAACUAACUGAUUUAAUAGUGAGUUUUACUGUUUUUUUCUUCCCCUUCUAGGUUGUAAUUUAAUAAUCUUCAAACAAAAUGUUUAUGAAAAAUGCCAAAGAUUCUAAACCUUAUCAUGCCGUGUCUGUUUCUCUUCAUAUUGUAUCUUCCUGGGUUGCUUUCUGGCUGAGCCAGAUUUCUGCAUGAUUUGAUUUACUUCAAGUUAAUGAAGCUGGUUGGAAAAGAGCCUUGCAGAAAUGAUAAAAGCUCCAGUAAAUCUCUUAGUUGUCCAUACAAUAGAUACCCAAGAACCUCUUUUGUUAAACCAGUUACUCUGUCUUCUGUGUAAACAAUGCCUCAUUGUCUGACGCCCAGCUACCAUCUAGUUUAUCAUAGUCUGUCAUUUUGUAACGACCUCAGUCAGGCUUUUUUAAACAGACAUGUGAGAUCGAAUCAGUCAUUUGAAUGAAAACUUUCAGCAGCAAAAUAACCCCUUAUUUAUUUAAAAGUGGAACCAAUACUUUAUUGUUCUUUUGCUAUAGAAUUUCAAAAUGAAAUAAUUCACCUGACAAGAAGGCAUCAUUAGUUAGACUUAUUUUCUCUGUAUCCCGAUUGUGGGAUUCUCAGCGUUAAGUUUAGGACAUAAACACCAGCUGGGACACAAGGGCAGGACCGGAUCAACCUUGGAUAAAUUGUAUAUGGAAAACAAUUGUUAAUUGAUUAAGUAGACAUUGAAUGUGAAAAACGGAUAUUAGUUGUAUGUGAAAUGUUCAGAUUUAUAUAAGUAAUCAGAAACUCUUAUGAAAGAUUCAUGAAUGCCUUAGAUACAAUUUAUGGAUUAUGGAUUCACAGUAUGAUAAUUAAAGAUAAUUUAGUAGGAAUGUUGAAGUCUUGCCAAGCUUGCCUGGUUCUUUUAAAUCUCAUACACCUAUUUUCCAGCCCUGCCUGAAUGUCCAGCAGAUGUCUACACCUCAAGGGAUCAGAAAAUAAGUAUCCUGUUUCCCCCCAUUUCUCCAGGAUCCCCAACCCCAUAGUCUUCUCUCUUACUUCCGACUUCCAUUAACGUCACCGGUGUCCUCUGGGCUGGAACCCUAUCAGGCAUUCUCUUUUUUAUUCCUUCUGCUUUUCUCCCCAUCUUCUAACCCAUAGAGGCCUGUAGAUGCCAUGUUGACAUGUUAUCUUGUCCGUUUUUAUUCCAAUUGCUUCCACCCAAGUUGAGACCUUGUAAGUUUCUUUUUCUUUAAAUAUUUUAUUGUGUUUUUGGUGAAAGUUUACACAGCAAGUUAG